GUGCCGCGACCCCUUCGAGCAGGUGGCGGCCGGACACCUCCGCAAGAUUUGUCUAUGGGGAUUAUUCACUGGAGAAGAAUUGCAACGUGCCAGAAUGUAAUUCCUCACAUUUUAGGAAAGGUCAGUGUCUUAAAAGUGCCCAACAUCUACUUGGAAGAGGAAUCUUGGCUUAAUAUGCAGAAAAGAAACAUGGCUAGGAAAACUCAUUGUCUUACGUGGACGUGGUAUGCAUCUCUGAGCGAGGAGUCUGUCUUCAGAGAGAGCUUGGAGAAUCCGAACUGGUGUAGUGUGCAUUCCGGCUCAGAGGGGUUCAGCCGUGGGAAGCGGAGGCGUGCUCCGGAGCUGGGGGGAUGCUCCGGGGGACCAGGAGAGCAUCCUGCCGUGGUGAGCAGGGCCAGCUCAGCUCCUCUGGGGCACCCGCACCGGGACGGGCCACAUCAACAGCCUGUGUGUGCAGGGCUGUGCUCUCACAGCAGCUGCACAUCUGUUUCUGAUCGAGCAGCCACUUGAGUGUGAAGCAGAAAGCAGCGGAGCGACUUCCCCGUGUCAUCAGCUAGAUGAGAGAUGGAGAGCGC